AGAGCACCAGAGCAGAGCUCCUCCACAGACCACAGCCGCAGGACUCCCACUGCAGCUCAGAGCAAAACCUCACAUACAUAUAUACACUGGAGGAGAAAGUGGUACCUCACAAGACCACAGGACAGAAGACAAGACAAAGAGGAGGAAAAGAGAAGAGUGAUAAUAUGGAGAGGAGGUGAGAAGAACUGGAUCUGCUUUUUCUUGGGAGAACACAACUUCCAGCACACACGCCUCUUCAAAUUCUACUUUUGGAGUCCAUUUAAUAAUUCAUCCUCUGCUUCGUUUUGGUCCGUGGAACAUAACUUUGCUUUUUUAAAAGUUUGACAUACAGGUCUGGAUUUUUAUUUCCUAUCAGCAUUUCUGCCCAUAGCAGUCUUUUGGCAAUUCUCCCUCUGUUUCAAAACCUGCCCUGAAACUUCACCACAGUGUGUGUGUAUGUGUUUGUUUCUUCCUGUGUGUGAGCUUCAGUUUCUAACUGACUUGAGUGAAUAAUGGUUGAGUUUACAGGUACUCAGGUGUAACUUUGUGGAAGAGAACAUAAAUAACAUUUUGUAUUUUAUUAUUAUUUUAUUUUGUCUUAAGUUACACUACAAGCUUAAUUUUGCAGGUGAAUUAUUAUUCAGUUCAUACUUUAUUCAUCCCCAAGACUUCCCUUAAAUGACCUGAAGAUGUCACACCACAAAAAUUACUGAGACUUAUUCUUUUUUACAAUAAGGAUCGCUCCCCACGCUACAGCAUUACCUCCUGAAAGGACACUGAGGAGACACUUGCAUGCUCAAAGAAAAUUCUCCCUGACAUAUUGGGGGAAGGAGUUUUUCUCUGGUGAAGCCUUUGCACCGUCUGCCCCUGCCUCAACCUCAACCUCAGGAUGGCCGGAUGUACCAGCCGCUGCAGGCAGGGGGUCAUCAAACUAAUCCAGUCCCUGCAGAGACUGGUCUCAGGAACCCUCACAAAAGAUAAAGCAGAUGACGAGCUCGAGAUGACGAUGGUGUGUCACAGGCCAGAGGGUCUUGAUCAAUUGGAAUCCCAAACUAACUUCACCAAACAGGAGCUGCAGAUCCUCUAUCGGGGUUUCAAGAAUGAAUGUCCGAGUGGUGUUGUAAAUGAGGAGACAUUUAAACACAUUUACUCACAGUUCUUUCCUCAUGGAGAUGCAAGCAUGUAUGCACAUUAUCUUUUCAAUGCAUUUGACACUACAAACAAUGGCUCCAUUAAGUUUAAGGACUUUGUAAUGGGUUUGUCUAUACUGCUGCGGGGAACACUGAGAGAAAAGCUCGAGUGGACGUUUCACCUUUAUGACAUUAACAGAGAUGGCUACAUAAACAGAGAGGAAAUGACUGAGAUUGUGAGAGCCAUUUACGACAUGAUGGGCAAGUACACCUACCCUGCACUAAAGGGAGAUGUCCCACAGCAGCAUGUGGACGCCUUUUUCCAGAAAAUGGAUAAAAACAAAGACGGUGUGGUGACUCUAGAGGAGUUUGUUAUAGCCUGCCAGGAGGAUGAAACCAUGAUGAGAUCCAUGCAGCUGUUUGAAAAUGUGAUGUAGGACAAGAGGAGAUGGCGGAGACAAAGACAAAGAAAAUGCAAGCGAUUGGUGUGAGUGCGUGUGCGUGGAUGCCUAUGUGCAGUACAUCCAGUCUCUCCUCCUCUUCCCAUCUUAUCCAGCUGUGGUCUGGAUACAGUCAGAUUACCCACACAGUGACUUGAAAGAAGGGACUGGACUGGAAUGCUUUUAGCCUUCCUGCUGAGUUCCCCACACGACUCAAAGUGACUGAUGUGACAGUCUUGGACAUUAAAGACAUUACUCUCAGUCCUAUCUUGAAGAUUGGCCUGUUUAAGAUAAAGAUGUUCCUACGUUACAAGGCUGCUCCCCACCAGCAAAGAGCUAUUGUUGAACCAGCAGAACUAUUGUCCCCCCUGCCAAAUGACAUUCUUUUUUUGCUAAAAUUAAUUGCAUGCUUUUGCAAGAGGUUUUGAUUUAUCUUCAAGUAUUUGUCAGAUUUGUUAUGGGAAUUUGGCCAUAAGGACUUCUCUAUUUAUCUCAUGUGUCACUGUUGCGGUGAAACCUGUACUCCUGUGUUUACCUGGCUGUCGCUUGCCUGCUGAGUAUGUCUGAUGCUUGUUGUUAAGAGUCAAAGCUUAUUGUUGAAAGUCAAAGAAUUUGAAAACAGUACAUUUCAUGGGUCUGAUAUGAUUUGUGUGUUUGUGCCCCUCUUUCUGUCUAUUUUGGAUAAUAGGUUUUAGUGAAAAGAAAGAAAAGAUUGAAUCUUUCUUUUAUAUUUUCACUAGCUGCUUUGCUUCUUGUGAUCAAAUCAGUGUUUUGUCAAUAAUGUAAACAAAAAAGGUAUUGUGAAAAAUGUGCAUACAUUUUGGAGUUCAUGAUUAAGUGCCCGCAAAACGAAGAUGUUCAAUAAUUAACCAGGAAGAGACUUAUGAUCAUCAAACCAAUAUUUUAUUUGCACAGGUAACGAGUGAUCAAAGUUAAACUUGAAGAUGACGACAAUGAUGACAGUAAAAUAUUUGUAUGGUACAAACUUACUGAUCCCGCACAUGUUAAUUCUAAGUGCACACAAACUUGGCCAUAAGUCCCCUCUAAAACUACCCACUGGGACAUUUCUAAAUAAACACCCUAACUGGUGGCAGUAGAUGUAUCCUAAUUGCUAAAUGUAACAGCUGCAGUUUUAUACACGUGGUUAUUGUUGUGAAACAGUCACAGUUUGAUUAGGUUUAGGUAGCAAAACUGCUUGUUUAGGUUUAGGAUAACAUCAUGGUUUGGGUUACAAUAAGUAAGUUUGUAUGUAAGAUACGGUUAUCUUAGGUUGAUAAGUAAGUUGACUUAAGCUAAGUUUGACUUAAGCGUACAUAAGUUAAAAUAACUCAAUGUUGACUUUUGGCUUAACGUGGGACACAAACAGUGCCCUGCUGGGUCAAUGUCCUGUACUUGUUUGACCCAUCCAUCCACCUUGAGGUCCUCCCUCCACAGACUUUGUUGCUUAUUACUACAUCAUCUGACUUCCUACUUUGCUCUUGUCAUAAUUACUAAAACCACUAGAGGCCGCCACCUAACGAUAAUCAUAUUAUGGGUCAUAAUAAGUUGCUUGUACAAAUAUUUUUGGAGGGAGGACAGUCUUAAACAGUCAGAUGGUAGUCGCUGGGCCGUUCUAAUGCAGGGAAAUACCACUGAAUGUCAGCUUUGGAAUGUGAUAUUUUGAUGGCACCGAAGACAGCUCCAUCUGUAUUAGUGAACAUUUGGCUCUGUCUCCUCCAUCCAAGCCAAGUCUGUGAUGUCACACUGAAGAACAGAUACGGACAGAAGAGGGGGACUGCAGCAGUUGCCCGCAGAUGGUUUUCUGUUCUGAGUCAGGGUGUUUUUAAAAGCAUCACCAUAAGAGAAAACUCACUAGGAUAUAGUAGUUUGAGCACUAAAAUAUUUAUCACUGUUAUUUUUGCUGCCAGUGGAGCAGCUCUUUGCUGUAUGGUACAUCAGUGUGACAUUACAGCCUCUUUCUCGGUUUGGAACAAUCUCACAACAGAAAAUAAAUUCUAUAAUAUAAUAAUAAAUAUGUUAAUUCCUAAA